CCGCUCUGACUGGCUCGCGGGGCGGCGCGGCGCGGCAGCGGCGGUCAUGGCGGGUCUGGUGGAUUUUGAAGAUGAAGAGCAGGUGGCAUCUUUCCUUGAGAACAUGGAGGUGGAGUGUAACUACCAGUGCUACAAGGAGAAGGACCCAGAAGGUUGCCACAGGCUGGUCGAUUUUCUAGAAGGGAUCCAGAAGAACUUUGAUGAGGCAGCCAAGGUAUUGAAGUUCAAUUGUGAAGACAACCACCAUAGCGACAGCUGCUACAAACUGGGAGCGUAUUAUGCAACAGGGAAAGGAGGAUUACCCCAGAACUUGAAAAAUUCCUAUGACUGUUAUUUAAAGGCUUGUGAGAAACCUGGGAAGAAGUCGAUAAAUGCUUGUCACAAUGUUGGACUGCUGACCCAAGACGGGCGAAUCAGCAGCGAUGAGCCAGACCUGGUGCGAGCCCGAGACUACUAUACAAGGGCCUGUGAUGGCAACUAUGCUCCUAGCUGCUUCAAUCUCAGUGCCAUGUACCUCCAGGGGUCCCCAAGUGUCCCCAAGGACAUGAGCCUGGCUUUGAAGUACUCUCUGAAAGCCUGUGACCUGGGCCACAUCUGGGCCUGUGCCAAUGCCAGCCGCAUGUAUAAAUUGGGAGAUGGGGUUGCUAAGGAUGCUGCCAAGGCCGAGGCCCUCAAGAACAGGGCCCAGCAGUUACAUAAGGAACAGCAGAAAGGGGUCCAGCCCUUGACAUUUGGGGUGUGAGGUGAUCAGCCAGUCUCCUCUCCCCCCACCCGGAAAUGUAUGGACUUUCACAGGGAUACAUCUCUGGUGCAGGAAAAGCCUAUGGUGUGUUGGCUGCUGGUAUUAUUUGUACCAGGUGCUGUGGUCUGUGUUGCCUGUGAGAUAGUUAUUUUCUCUAAAAUGUCUGAAUCAAUCUGUACACCAUGGAGGCUGGGCUCUAAGCAGCUCCCCCAAAGUGGAGGGACUGGAGAGCAUUGGGGAGGUGGGAGUUGGGGGAAGAAGUAACCAGAGGGGCCCAGUGAAUCAUGGAGGCACCUCACAAAGUGUCGGGGCAGGUGUGUGCACAUGAGGCUUGUGUGUGAGCGCGUGUGUGCGUCCAGCUCCUUGUGUAUUUCUGGGUUUGUAUGGUUUCAUUUGGGGGGAAUUUGUGGGAAUGUGAAAAUCACGAGGUGCUCAUCAUUCCCUGAGAGUGAGACUUCUUUGUACCUAUCCAUCUUCUGUCAAUCAUUGCAGUUGUAAUCAUUUCCACCUCCUAGAAUGAUGAUUUUUGUGGAAAACAUUAAUGAUAUUCAGCAGUAAUGUGCAGUCUAAAGAGUUACCUGUCAUUAUCAUGCAGGGCCAAGAAUAAGAACUAAAGACAUCGCAGCCCAAGCUUCCCUGGAGACAUCACACUGGCUGAUAAUUAAGUGAAACUGACAUUCCAGAUACCCGUUUGCCUUAAAUGUUCAGACCCUAGAUUAUUGGGUGUGUAGAGACAUCCAUGAAAAGUUCUAAAGCAAAAGAUUGUAAUGUUUGAACUGAGCCUUUGAAAUUGCCUUGUGAAUAAAUUAAUUUAAUUUA